AUGGGUGAGGGGUAUCAUAACUUCCAUCAUGAGUUUCCGUCUGAUUACCGGAACGCGAUUGCCUGGUACCAGUACGAUCCGACUAAAUGGCUCAUCUGGAUCAUGUCGAAGAUCCCGGUCUUUCCUCUAACAUACGACUUGAAGACUUUCCGCUCGAAUGAGAUUGAGAAAGGUAGACUUCAGCAGCAACAGAAAGCCCUCGAUAAGAAGCGAUCGAUGCUCGAUUGGGGUGUGCCACUCGCUCAGUUGCCGGUGAUUAGUUGGGACGACUUCCAGACUCAGGCUUCAGCCAAGGGUGCUGCUUUGGUGGCUAUUGCUGGAGUGAUACAUGACGUUUCGCCGUUCAUCGCUGACCACCCCGGCGGCAAGACUCUGAUCAAGAGUGCGAUUGGGAAGGACGCUACUGCAGUGUUCAACGGUGGGGUAUAUGAACAUUCGAACGCGGCACAUAAUUUGCUGUCGACAAUGCGUGUUGGGAUAUUGCGAGGCGGACAGGAAGUUGAAGUUUGGAAAACAGGUGGUGAGAAAGACACCAGAGACACCAAAGGGCUCGGUGUUGUCAGGGCUGGUGAUCAGAUCACGAGGGCAGCUGCGCCAGCUACGGCAGCCACAGCAGCCUGA